GAGAGGAGGGGAGACUGGAGAGUCGCCAGUCCUGCACUACGGAUCAAUGAGGCAACAUCACCCGUUCUGAACGCAAGGGACGCGCACGUUAUCCACCACCGAGAAGCCCGAUAUAUAAACUCUCUACAACCGGCUAAACUGGAAGAGAGCUACUGAGGAUUCUCUGAAGGAAUUACAAAGAGAUAAAUAUUACAGCGAAUGAACUGUCAUCUUCAUUGGCAUAGGAUGACCUUGUUUGCUUUUGCAUUUGUAUUCUUAUUAUUAGAAAACACACCAGCGCUUUUGACAAAACUUGAAUGCACCUUUUCUAAGUGCACUUAAACGUUGGUAAACUAGAGGGCCGCCUGACCGACAGACAGACACUUAUCAAUAAUCAUUCAUCAUUGUUAUCAAUUAUCAUUUUCAGUUUAGCAUUUCACUGUCAAGGUUGACGAUAAUUCGUGAGCGUCCGUCUUUUCAAAACAGGCUAUGGACAUUUAUUUGACGUGAAAUGUAACCCAUUUUUUACAACGACAAAAAUAUAACCACGUCCUCCAGCCUUGGUCGUUUGGGAUUUUAAUGAAGUCUUUGAAGAGCGAGGAUUGCAACCGAAACCAGUGUUUCACAAAGCCUAUCUUUACCAAAUAACCUCGAUUUUGAAACACUGCAAGCCCUGUCAGCUGCAUUUAUCGAAGGAACAAUCAACACAAUCAACAUGCGACGCCUCCCAUCCCAGUUGAGUUAUCUGUUCCUACACUUCUUUGCAUUCUGCUACUAUGCUCAGGUAACCAAUCAGUCCUCGCCUAAUUUCACGCAGCAUGUAAGCGAACAGAGCAAGGUGACGGACCGUGUGAGCCGCAGGUUAAUUCGGACCUACCAGCUUUACAGCCGAACCAGCGGGAAGCACGUACAGGUUCUGCCCAACAAGAAGAUCAACGCCAUGGCAGACGAUGGAGACGUAUACGCCAAACUCGUGGUAGAGACGGACACGUUUGGAAGUCGCGUGCGGAUCAAAGGAGCAGAGACAGGACUCUACAUCUGCAUGAACAAGAGGGGGAAGCUGGUCGGAAAGAGAAAUGGGCAAGGCCACGACUGCAUCUUCUCAGAGAUUGUCCUGGAGAAUAACUACACGGCGCUGAGGAACGCACGCUACGAGGGCUGGUACAUGGGUUUCACCAGACGUGGACGUCCCCGGAAAGGCUCGCGAACGCGGCAACACCAACGCGAGGUCCAUUUUAUGAAACGAUUGCCUCUGGGAUCCCAUCCCACCCAUCCGGCCCAGCACAAGCCCUUUGACUUCGUCCACUACCCCUUCAGCCCCAGGACUAAACGCACACGCUUCUCAGCCGAACGCUGAGGGGGGUCAGAAAGGGAGGAAAAGAGGAGGAGGAAAAAAACACUGACUGAAGCUGAAAUGAACUCCUCUGUCCAAAACCUCUAGAGACAUUUGUUUUUGUACUGAACAUUACUAUACCUAACAUGUAGUUUUUACAAUUUUUUUCAGAAAGUAAAGAAAACAGAAACAAAUAAGAAGUCUAUUUUUGUACUUGAGACUUUUAGUACUGACCUGUGUUAAGUUGUUUCUAGAUGCACAUAACUCAUCGGACAUUUGGGGUGCUGACCUCUCUCCGUAGAGAGUGGACUUUUUAUCAUCUCUGUAUUUUAGGUUGUGUUUUUACUUUUGUUUGACGGUUCAGAGUUGUUUGGACUCACACUUGCUGCUCCAAGAGACUUGAAGGGCCCUGAUCGACCGCACUGCCAGAAUACGCUGUGUUCAGCGACACAUACAGUACACAGUACACAGCCCACGCACACACACACACACACACACACACACACACACACACACACACAAAGCAUAAAUGCUGCGUUCAGGAGCUCAGUAUUGGGUAAUGUCGCGUUCAGUCUUACACACAGCCACGGCACCUCUGCGUUGAACACUGUGGUGUGCCCCUGCUAUGUCUGGAAUUCUAUACAGACAAACACAGUUAAAGCAAACAGAGUUUUAAGGACACACAAUGGAACAUGUGGCAGCUACAUUGAUAAUCACAGCUUUCUUGCUAUAGUUCUAACUAAAUUAGAGGUGUAAAAAUGCAUCGACAUGUAGGAAACUCCCUUUGAUUUUGUUGCCCUUUGGUUUGUCUGUUUUUAUACAUAUAUAAAUCUAUUUUUAUUUGAGGAUGUGUGCAAAUAAUUUCAAUGACGGGAUAUUUAUUUAAAAUGUGUAAUAAAUGUACAUUAGA